AUGAACAUCAACGAACCGAGACGGGGUGGCGGUUUUGUGCUACCCUUUUUCAAUGACAGUAAAAAGUCACGAGAGCCUCAUGCGGGCAGAGAUUCAUUACAGUCAAAUGGAAAUCGUUUCACUGGCUGGAUUCCAGGUACUGUCGGUUACACAACAACCCCACUCAGACAUGGUCAUAGAUGGCUUCACUCGCACGAUAAAAUACGCAAUCAUUUCGUGGCAACGACGGCAGAAUUUGCUGGAACGACUCUCUUUCUCUUCUUUGCUUUUGCAGGUACACAAGUGGCUCUCUUAGCAGCACCAGCCAACAAUUCGAACAUCGUCGGAACCCCAAGCGAUCCUGCCCAAUUACUCUAUAUUGCUUUGAGUUUUGGUUUUUCUCUGGCAGUCAAUGUUUGGGUUUUCUUCCGUACUAACGGUGGUCUUUUUAACCCUGCCGUCACAGUAGGCAUGUGUCUUGUCGGCGCUCUCCCAUAUCUACGAGGCCUUUUUCUAUUCAUAGCUCAAAUCGUUGGUGGUAUCACAGCUGCUGCCCUUGUUUCUGCUCUCUUCCCUGGCCCCAUAACAUUUAGAACCACUUUGGGAGGCGGAACAUCAAUCGUUCGAGGUCUUUUCAUUGAGAUGUUCCUUACUGCUCAAUUGGCCCUUACGAUCUUUAUGCUUGCCGCUGAGAAACACAAGGGAACUUUUAUUGCACCAAUUGGUAUCGGUCUUGCUUUAUUCAUUGCUGAACUUACAGGCCUUUACUUCACCGGCGGAUCCGUCAACCCCGCUCGUUCCUUUGGGCCAUCCGUCGUCUCUGGCCAGUUCCCCGGUUACCACUGGAUUUACUGGCUCGGACCUUUCCUCGGUGCAAUUCUCGCUUCUGCCUUCUACAAAUUCAUAAAAGUACUCGAGUACGAAACCGCAAACCCAGGUCAAGACGCUGGUCGAGUUGGUGAAAGUUAUGAGCCUCAAGCCCACACUACGAAUAAAGUAAGUUUCGCCGAAGAGGGAAUGGUCGGUAGGGAAUUGGAUGAAAGCGGAGCUAGUCAUGUUCAUGGAACGGAUAAGAAUUUAGGAACUCCAAAGGAAUAUGGAACUCACAGGAGGCCUUUUAGUGGUAGUCCUGCUCCAUCACAUCCGAAUGAUCAGUUUGCGGGUUUGAAUGGAGGUGGGAUGAAUGGGGAUGAGUUUGCUGCUGGGGGAAAUGCUGGAGUAGGCGGUGUCAAAAGAGAUAAGAGGGAUAGUGAGGGCACUUUGGUUGAUAAUGGGAAGAAGGGUACUAUGAGGGGUGGAGCGGGUGUGAUGGAAUCGCGUGCGGGUGGAAGUGGAGGUGCGUCGGGUUGA